GUAACCCAUUUAGCAUUGGCUUGCCUUUUGCAGGUGCGCUCGCCACGUAGCGCGCUGUUCGCAACAUUUGGGCAUUAUCUUGCGUCAUUAUCUAGCGCCCUUUUAUUUGCUUCGAAAGCGCUGGCAUCAUGUAUUCUCAUCCCCCGUUCCAUCCAUACCAUGUCUACUCCCUGGUGGUCACGGACCAGUAACCAGCAAGAGGAUGACCAUACUUCCGAGUCACAGCUCAGUGAAAAGAAUCACAAGAAGCAACUCAACGAUGAUCCAGACUUGAAUCCAGGAGAACUGACUUUUGAUGAAGAUACCGCUGGAGGCAUGGGACGUUACCUCGGUGUAACUUCUUGUACUCUCCUCAUUGUUGGACGGAUCAUCGGUACUGGUAUCUUCUCUACACCGUCCUCCAUCCUCUCUGGUGUGGGCUCAGUCGGCGCCUCCCUUAUGCUAUGGGUCCUCGGGUUCUUGCUCAGCUUCUGUGGUCUCUUCAUAUGGCUUGAGUUCGGCACCAUGUUCCCUCGCAGUGGUGGAGAGAAGGUCUACCUUGAAGCCGUCUACAGGAAGCCCAAGUACCUCGCUACCGUGAUCUUUGCUGCCAACGCUAUACUACUUGGCUUCACUGCUAGCGGUUGUAUCGUUUUUGCUAGCAACAUCUUGGUCGCCGCUGGUAAAGUCGUAGACCGCUGGAACGAACGUGGAAUUGCUCUUGCAGUUAUCUUCUCCGUAACCCUUCUUCACGGAUUGACCCCCAGGACUGGCGUGCUAAUCAUGAAUGGGCUCUCGAUGUUCAAAAUAAUAAUUCUGCUAUUCGUCGUCGUCUCAGGCUGGGUGGUUCUCUCGGGCAAAACGCGUGUCGCAGAUCCACACGUCAACUUCAGAAACGCGUUCGCAGGGAGCUCUACAAGUAGCAACGACUACGCUACUGCCACCUUCAAAGUCCUGAACGCCUAUGCGGGAUGGUCUAACGUGAACUAUGUGAUGAACAAUGUCCGAAAUCCUGUACGGACGCUUAAGAUCGCCGGCCCGCUCGGUCUUGGUAUUUGCGCGAUUUUGUACAUGCUUGCAAAUGUGGCUUAUUUCGCGGCUGCGAGCAAGACGGAGAUUGAGAAGUCUGGGGUCACUGUCGCUGCUCUGUUUUUCAAGAAUGUCUUUGGUUCUGUUGCAGAACGUGCGCUUUCGGUUUUUAUUGCUCUCAGUGCUCUUGGAAACGUUAUCACCGUGACUUUUGCUGCAUCACGAGUAAACCAAGAACUCGCCAAGGAAGGGAUUCCUCUUCCAUUCGGAAACAAAUUUUGGGCUUCGAAUUGGCCCACAGGAAAGUCCCCACUUCCGGGAUUGAUCAUCCAUUUGAUACCCUCUGUCAUCGUCAUCAUUGCGCCACCCCCAAACAUUGUUUACCCGUUCAUUUUAGAUGUCGAAGGAUACCCACAGCAAAUUAUUAAUUUCUUUAUUGUCAUCGGUUUGUUCUAUCUGAGAUGGAAGAAGCCAAAUGCUGUUCGGCCGUUCAAAGUAUGGUGGCCUCUGGCCGUAUUCUUCUUGGCUGCUGCCACCUUCCUCCUCAUCGCCCCCUUCUUGAAACCAGCCAAUGGCGUCGGCGACACCCCACCACUACCAUACUACCUGUACUGCCUCGUCGGCAUCAGCAUCAUGUUCGCAGGCGUGCUUUACUGGGCUGCAUGGCGAAUCCUGCUGCCCAAGGUAUUUGGGUACGAGCUUGUGCCGAGGAAGGAGAGGUUGGAUGAUGGGACUGUUGUUACGGUGUUUUCGAAUAAGAAGAUCCAGUGAGGUUGAUUGGAAGUACUAAAGUUGGGGUACGGAUAAAGGGUGCUGGUCAUUGGAUUAUAAUGCAUUGUUGUUAGUGUGAUGGUGUUUCGUGUAAUACGUUGUUGAUCAUAUCAUAUAUGUAUGCGUAUCCAUACGAGUGCGAAUGGUAGUUGUGAACCGAGUGUUGACCAUA